CGAGCUGACAUACCUGGGAAUCUGGUGAGCAAGUACAGGGAAUGUUAGGCUAUUACGAGAAUUGGGACGACGGAGAUCGAUUUGGUCAAGUCCUGGCGUUCUCUCGCUCUGGCCACAGCCGUUGUCGUCGCCGCUCGACCUCAGAUCGGCAACAUGCGAGGCGGGACUCGGAAAAGUUGGUGGCAUCCAGUGCAGCCCUAACAUAAAUCUGCUAGCAGGAGAUCAGUAUCUGCUGGUGGUCGAAAAUGCUGAUUGUCCCCAUCGGCCUGUGAACAGUAACGAGGGACUACUCUCUGUCGGUAGGCUCUCCAGAACGAACGUCCACCAAGCUCGAUGCAUAGCCACUCUCGGUCCUGCUGUGGAACACGCGCAUGACAGCAUCUUCUUGUAUCGACGCGGAGUUGAGGAUCUGUGAAGACUCGUCGUGCGCACUGCCGUCGUACAAUGACUUCGACAGAGGCCCGUGCGACAUGUCGCCACUUGCAUUUGCACCAGAGCACGAACCUAAACUGUCAGCAGGCCAUUCAACUCACCAACCAGCGCGGACAGAAACCGGAUCGCAUCUGCUGCGCCUUCGCCGUACGGACAUUCAACUGAGGCGGUGAGUGGGUAUUCCUUCACUAUAACCGUUGAUGACGCCGUGAAGUCUUCCUAGACGUAGAACUGCAUACAGUGCGCCUGCAACAAUGUCCGUGAGAAGUUAGAACUUCACAGACGCGCACGGUGGCGGAGAUCAUGCCUUCAGGUACAACGGUAAAUGUUGCAUGUGACCCACUGCACGCAGGUGAUUCUCGACGUGGGUGUUGGCAAUAGCACAGACAUAUCCAAGUGAGCUGCGGAGACAGUAUUGAGUCCUUUCACGCCUACCAUCAGCUUGUGUUUGACGACUCUAAUCAUGCCGCGGCGCUUCCGUGCCCCCCGCUCGGUGUACUCGUCGCUAUUGGCAGAAAAAAAGACCGCUAUCUUGAUGGUACGGGAACACUAACAGAAUUGAAAUAGGGAAACAGCCGUCGAUUAUCGCUGUCCAGUUAAUAGUAAGGCAUCUCAACCGAAGUUGGAACAGCAGAUCUAGAUGGAAAAGCACUGGUUAGCGGAUUGAGUUCCAGGCACUGCUGCUGCGAGUAUAAGUACAACGUGCCAGUGGUGCCAGUACCUUCGCAAUGUCAGGACUCUCAACAAACAUGGCAGCUGGCAUGCCUCGGUCUGCCUCCUCAAUGCUACUGCUCUCGACUGAACUAUGUUCCCUAGACAGCACACUUGGCGCAAUAGUCAUCGCCGAAAUCCUCGUAGCAGUGCUAUAUGGCAUCACCAGCAUGCAGGUCUAUAUCUACUUUCACUGUAGCCCUCGUGAUAGCCGACUCGUCAAGCGAACUAUAUUCUUCUUAUGGAUUCUCAGCAGCAUUUAUCUAGUGUUCGCUUCGCAUGCAGUCUACUAUUAUGCCGUAACAAAUUUCAUGAACCCAUUGGCUGCAACAAAGUAUUCAUGGAGCCUAGUGGCUAAUUUAUUUGUUGGCGACUUGAUUGAGAUCAUUGUCACCCUUACUUUCGCGUACAGAAUUUAUAUACUCAGCGGACGCAAAUGGCCCCUCAUACUCAUCAUAUUACCCCAGGUUGCCAGCUGCAUCGGAACCAUUGCCACGGGCGUAGUCGAGUAA